CUCCUUCCUCUCGUUUUGCCUGCUUGAGAGGCAUCGUUCUCGAGUGCAGAUCUUGAACAGAUCUUCCUCGGAAAGCGAAGCAAAAAGCAGAGAUGUCCCGCGCCAAACUCGCUGGCGCCGACCCAGCAGCCAUCUUUCUUCGCAUCGACGCAUUCAAGGGCCAAUACGAGUUUCUCAGCAACGACUAUCCAUCAGAGGUCGUCUUUGACCGUGUGCCCUUCAAGUCAGCGACCCACGCGAUUCUUGCUGUGCGAUUCUCGGGCAAGGCGGCGGAGAUCUGCGAGUGCGAGACCGCCGCGGAGGCGAUGGACAGAGUCAAGGAUGCUCAGGUGAGUGGUGUGUGCGCUUGAUUGACUGAUUGAUGCCGUGAAUGAGUUUGGUGGCUAUUUGGUACUGCUGCUGUUGGCUGCAGGAGAGGGACGACUGGGAGUCCGGUCGGCUCAAGUGGAUGGAGCAGAUCUUACGCGACAAGUUCAGGCGCUCGGCGGGUAUGUAACAGAUGAAUCAAGGCAGGCACGCACAAACCAAACCAAUCCCAUGAGGUUCCUACUGCUCUGUGCACAUACGUGUGUUGUGUUGUGUUUCCGUUGAUCAGAGUUGCGGACCAAGCUGAAGGAGACGGGCGGCCGGCUGCUGGUGUGGGCCAACGCCAGCGAUGCCUUCUUCGGUGAGGUGGACGGCCGAGGGCAGAACCAGCUGGGGAGGAUACUCAUGAGGAUCCGCACUGACAUCAGAAACGACACCGAGCUCGAGAGUGAGCAGACAACAUGCCUGGGAGGGUGGAUGAAUGUCUGAGGGCCAUGUGUUCUCUGUCAGCAUGGCUGGCGCUGUGUCACGACCUGGAGGAGGACAACAAUGCGCGGCCGCUGCUGCAGCUGAUCGAGACGAAGCCUGACCACGAGAACCCACUGGGUGCGAACAGACCAGAGAUCAGCAUGUGUGUUGAAUGGAUGGAUGGAUGGAUGGGUGGGUGUCCUGCACUGCUGCAGGUGAGCAUGCGCUCGACGGAGAGCCGUACUUCUUUCUGGGCAAGAACCCCGAGACCUGUCAAGUCGUCGCUCUGCACCCCUCCAUCUCCCGCACACACGCCCUCAUCGCCCUCACAAAGGUCCGUGAGUGGGUUGUUCGUCACAACGGUUGUCUGUUCUCAUCUCUCUGUGCGUGUGCAUGGCAUGGGUGUCUGUCUAUGUGUCGCAGGCGGGUCCCGUCUUGAUGGAUCUUAACUCAAAGGCGGGCACCAAGCUGAACGGCGAGCGGCUGCCGCACCACCACGUGGGCUUCCCUCUCAAGACCUCCGACACCAUCACUCUCGGCGCAUCCACACGCUCAUACCAAGUCAAGGUCAGUCUGCCAGAGAGAGAAUGAGAAUCAACGAGGUUCUGUCUGUCUGUCAAUGUGUGUGUGGUCUGGCGGGUGUGUCAGGUGGACAGCGGCCGUGUGGUGGCCUAUUUGGAAUCGCGGCAGAAGGAGCUGCGGCGUGAGGUGCAGAUGCUCGACAGGAAGAUGCAGGACCCACUAGCAGCCGUCAAGGACGAGACCAAACAAGAGGCCACCGUACGCAGACAGACACGAAGCGACAGACAGACAGCCAGACAGACAGACAGACAGGUGCGCGCUGCGUCUGUGUGUGUGUGUGUGUGUGUGUGUGUGUAGAUCUUUGUGGGCAAUCUGCCCUUCACGACCACCAAGGACGAGAUCACGGCCUUCUUCGAGGAAUGCGGACACAUCACGGUGGGUGGGUGGGUCACCGACACACAGCCUAAACGGCCUCUGCACUCGUGUGUGCGGUCUCUCUCAUCUCAGGAGGUGCGCUUCCCUCCCCCCCGUGACAAGCCAUCCGACGGCACCACCGCUGCACGCGGCAUCGCCUUCAUCACUUUCGACGUAUGCCAGCGGCUGACAAAGCCCUCCAAUAGCAACAUGUCAGACAGGUCAAACGCUUCUUUCUGCGUCGGUUUGUGCAGACGCCGCUGGCCGCCAAGCGCGCGACAGGCAUGGACGGCAAGCACAUCGGGGGAGAGGCCGGGCCCGAUGGCAAGAUGAAAGGCGGCCGGAGAAUGAAGGUGCGCUUGUGUGUGUGUGUGUGUGUGUGUGUGUGGACCAAUCCACAGGUGACACAUUGCCGUGCUGCUGGCUCGGUCUGCUUUGUCUUGUCUGUCGCUCGUCCAGGUGGACAUGUCUGAGGGUCCGCGCCCCUCCAGACAAAGACCCCCCGACGCCAGGGACACCGACCGCCGCAGAGACAGAGACAGAGACAGAGACGACGGUCGACCUGCUCUGCACAAUGGCAGGUGAGUGAGUGAGUGACACCGAUGGAUGGAUGGAUGACUUGCCCUCCAUCCCACACACACUCAUCAAUCGCACCAGUGUUGCGUAUGCCUUAUGUUCAGGUCCGUGCGUGACGCUCCACGGGGGGACGACCGUGGUCAGCGGCGGGAGCCUCGUGAGGAACCACCACGCAGAGACCAUCAGGACAGGCGAGAAGGCGACAGGCGAGACGACCGGCCACCGCCUCAGCCACGUAAGGAGUCGCGCAGCCGCAGCCGCAGCCCGUUGUUCAAACGACGGGCUGUCCGUGACCGCUCUGAGAGUGCGGGUCGGCAGAGAAGGCGGGGCGGGGAUGAAGUUGACAGUGAGAAGGAGAUGCGGCGAGAUCGGCCGGGGCGCAAGGGGUCUGUGUCCCGGUCUCGGUCUUCGUCGAGGUCGAGGGACAGUCGAAGCCCCAAGAGGGGAGGGGUGGCAAGAGGGGCUGGCUGACUGACUGACUGUCUGUGGAUGGAUGCAUCGCUGGCCUGCCGUAUGUGUGUGUCUGACGUGUGCGAUGGCUGGACGGGACACACAAUGGAUGACAAGGAGACACAGACAGACACACACGUGAGUUGGACUGGAUGAGAUGGAGUGGAUGGAUGGAUGGAUGGAUCCAUCCAUGUCAUGUUUCUUGCCUAUUUCUUGCCGACACUUGGCAGACGGAAACACGCGACCAGAUAUAUAUCCAUCAUUCUCUCUGUGCAGUGGUCGUUGAGGGGCUCACAGACAGACCGACACACAGCAUGACUGAAUCAGACAGUGCGACUCAUUGGAAUGCAUGUGUGUGUGUAUGUGUCUGAGAGUGUGCGGCCGCAACUUGACAACCUGAUCAAUCAAC